CCCAGUGACGUCAAUUCUCUCUCCCCUCCCCCCCCCAGCCUCAAUCUUCUGGUAAUAUCUUCGGCGCAACCCCACCACUGUCGGGUCCCAAGACCACCGGACAGUCAUCAGCCUUCCACCUUCCCCGUCCGCAAAAAUCUUGUUAAAUACGACUGCCUGCCUGUGCCCCCGCCAACUCCCGAUCAUCAGUACACUCCCCUACCCACCUUUGUCCGUAUCUUCACAGGCACCCCUCAUUUCUUCGUUGCGACAGCCCUCGAACACUGUAAACUUGCGCCAGCAGCCAAGUGACUCCAUUCUGAAGCGGUAAAAUAUCCGCCCAGGACCGACUCAAACCGACAUUUUCCCUCGUCCAGGACCCCUGAGAGAAACCACCUUCUUCGCCCGUUUUGGGUAUAGAGCAGCACCAUGUCCGAGUACAGCUACGACAUUCCCCGUCGGCACCGCACCCGCGAUCCCGAGUAUGUCACAGAGACGACCUACAUCGAGCGCGGUGGCAGAGCAGCGCCUGUGCGAGACCUGGCCUACCGCCCCGCACGCGAGGACAGCAUCGAAGACAUUGCGCGUGACUUUCCUCCCCCAGGCGCCGAGUACAGGCAGACCAAGUACCGCGAAGAGUAUGCCCCUCCACGUCGCACUCGCUCGGUGAAUCGCGGCUACGAUGAUGACUACUACGGCCGUCAUGACCGUGGACGUGGCCGCCGUGACCGCGACUACGACGAUGAUUACUCCGAGGUCUCGAGCCGACCCAAGCCCUCGCGCCGCAAGUCCAUCGUCGAGCAAGUCAAAGAGUUCGGCGAGUCUGCAGGCCUUGGAGGCGUCAUCGGCGCAGUCACAGGCCGCAGCCGCUCACGCCCCAGACGCGACGACCGCGGCUAUGAUAGCGACAAGAACAGCUACUACGAUGAUCGUCGAGACCGCCGCCAUGACUCGAGGUCCAGCAGCCGCAGCCGUGGAGGCCGCAAGUCUGAGAAGUGGGAGCAAGCCGCCAAAGCCGCCAUUGUGGCCGGCGCUGUUGAAGCCUUCCGCAGCCGCAAUGUUCCAGGCCCCUGGACUGGUGCAAAGGGCCAGCGAAUCGCAACUGCUGCUCUCGGUGCUGCCGGUAUCGAUGGUCUCAUUGACAGAGACCCCGAGAAGCACGAGAAGCGACAUGUUGUCGAGUCAGCUCUAGGUGGACUUGUUGCAACUCGUCUUGCCAACGGCUCCCGCUCCAACUCUCGAGUUCGCGGCCGUGAUGGUUCUAGGUCCCGCUCCCGCUCCCGCUCUAGGUCAAUCUUUGGACGCUCUCGCUCCCGUGGACGCUCCCAAUCCCGUGAUGGUGAACACGAAGGUGGCAACGGACUCGCCAAAGUAGCUGGUACCGGUGCUGUCAUCGCAGCAGGCAAGGCCCUCUACGACCGAGUACGUUCCAAGUCUCGCUCUCGGAAGGAGCGGUCACGCUCCUCCAGUGCAGACAGCUACGUACCAUCGCGGAGGGGCAACCGUCGCGAUCGCUCGUACAGCCGAGGCCGCGGUAUGGACGACCAGUACUCCGAGGCUCCUUCACGGGCUAACCCAGAUCGCAGACUAGCGGCAGCAGGCGGAGCGGGCGCUGGUGCUCUCACAGCACAGGGUGGAGGCGAUCGAGGCAAGCGAGAUUCAAGUAGUGAUUCUGACUCUACGACCGAUAUGGAGCAAAAGCGCAAGAAGCUUAGAGGUAAGGAACUCCUCACUGCCGGGCUGGCCACGGUGGCAACCAUCCACGCGGCGCAUGGCGUCUACUCGUCCAUGGUAGCCUCAGAAAAGAGGCGCAAACUCGUUUCUGAAGGCGAAAUGUCGCCCGAGGAAUCGCGUAAACGCAAGUCCAAAAACAUGCUCCAAGACGCUGCGGCCGUGGGUAUUGCUGCCCUCGGUAUCAAGUCUGCGUAUUCGGAGUGGAAAGAAAUGAACGAGCAGCGCCAUAGCGUCAAGGAGCUUGAAACCAGACGUCGCAAGAGGAGGAAGCAGCGCGAGAGGAGGGAAAAGGAAGCCCGGCAGAACGUGAUGGGAGGUAUGAAUGGAGCCAUGGCUAAUCCGUAUGCGUAUCCUGUAGUCGCCAACCCGUCCUAUCCUACGUCCUAUGCGGAUGCCAACCCGUACGGUGCUAUGCCGCCGCCGCCAAUGGGGGCGCGGUACUAG